AUGCCUACUGCGCGCCCGAAGAUGGCGCCUCAAGCGCCUGAUACACCAGAGAGGCCACCACCUCAGCUUAGUACCUUCGGAAUCUUCUGCGUAUUCUCCCUAGCCAGUCUCGUCGCUGCCGCCUUCUCUCCGAUCCAAGAUUGCGAUGAAGUCUUCAACUACUGGGAACCAAGCCACUACCUCAACCAUGGCUACGGUCUCCAAACCUGGGAGUACUCUCCUGACUACGCCAUUCGAAGUUGGGCCUAUACUUCCAUACACUCGCUCGUAAUAGGGCUCGCGAUGCUGCCCAUGCAGGCACUAGGUUUGGAAAGAUCAAAGGUCUUCGAGUUCUAUUUCCUGCGCGCCGUUCUGGCCGUAGUCUGUGCAGCGUGCCAAACUCGCAUGUAUACCGCUAUUCGAAGGACAUUUGAGGUGCGAGUCGCAUCUUUCUUUGGCAUGAUCAUGGUCAUAAGUCCGGGCAUGUAUCAUGCUGCCCCUGCAUAUCUCCCGUCGAGUUUUGCCAUGAAUUGUGCUAUGCUUGGAUUCGCGUCUUUUAUGGACUGGUCUGGACGUACGAUGAGAACUGCUCAAGGCAUUACAUGGUUUGCCGUGGGCAGUGCCCUGGGUUGGCCCUUCGCAGGCGCCCUCGCUCUGCCAUUUAUCGCGGAAGACAUUAUUGCCGGAUUGUUCACUGGCACAAUUCUAGAAAGUCUGCGACGAGUACUACUCGAUGGCGCAAGUAGGGCUUUCGCUGUUGUACUCUUGCAGGCCGCCAUCGACUCGCUGUUCUACAGGAAGCUCGUGUGCGUGCCGCUUAACAUCGUACUUUACAACGUCUUCAGUGGCGGUAGUAGAGGCCCUGACAUUUAUGGCGUAGAGCCAUGGCACUUCUACGUUCGCAACCUGGCCCUGAACUUUAACGUCUGGUUCUUUCUCGCGUUAGCUGCUCUGCCGCUGUUGCUAAUCCAGUAUCUUGUCUUUGACAGGGCUGUUUAUCGGAAUACGCUCACAAGGUCUAUCACUUUCGUCAGCCCAUUCUACUUAUGGUUGGCAAUAUUCACAGUCCAGCCUCACAAAGAAGAGCGGUUCAUGUACCCAGCGUAUCCAGCCCUAGCCUGGAACGCAGCCCUCUCCCUACACAUCUUAUUAGCCAACUUUGGCUCCAUGGACCCACGACAUUUAGUAAGCAAGAUACCUCCAAUGGUGAAGCUCGCCAUUGUUUGUGUUCCUGUGCUCUUGUCUUUAAAUCUUGGUAUUCUCAGAAUUAAUGGCCACAUGUCUGCAUACUCAGCGCCACUGAAAGUUUACAAGCCAUUGUUCGACCCGACAGUUGCCCGCCCAGGAGACACCGUGUGUCUAGGCAAGGAGUGGUAUCGCUUCCCGUCUUCGUUCAACUUACCUCAGGGAGUUCGUGCCAAAUUCAUCAAGAGCGAGUUCUCUGGUCUUCUGCCAGGCGAGUUCAGCGAGGCGGACGCCAGUCUCGAAUUAUUCCCUGGCACGUGGCUGGUGCCAUCUGGCAUGAACGACGAGAAUUUGGAAGAUCCAAGCAAAUAUACCGAUGUUGAGCAGUGCGAUUUUAUCGUCGAUUCCCGCUCUAAUGGGGCUCCACCAACAGCUCUUGAGCCCGAUUACAUCUCCGAUACAAAGAACUGGGAGGCCUUGAAGUGUCUUCCAUUUCUAGACGCGAGCAAGACACACACUAUUAGUCGUAUGCUCUGGGUUCCAGAUCUACCUGUCAUUCCGGCUAAGUUCCGUCGCCAAUGGGGCGAUUACUGUUUGUUGCGACGCACGAGUCGAAAGGGCGCAUAG